AUGGCUGUCAAUGGAGACUCCUCCACCUCAAAUUCCGACUCUCAGCCCACUUUUCCUCUUCAUCUCUGCUUCUUCUUUCUCAUCCUCUUCAUGUUCUUGGCCUUCUCUUGGCACUCGACUUACGAGUCCGCUGUUGAAGGCGUUUUCGAUCAGCUCAAGCUUCUUCUCAUCGUCUCGCCACUCCUCCUCCUCCUCCUCCUCCACUGGCUCUCCAAUGGUGAAAACGGCCGCCUACCGCCCCUCGUCCCCCUACCGGAAAAGGACUCGCUCCACCGCGCUGGAGGGACACCGUGGGGAGUUGGGUUUAUGUUGGUUAUUCUUCUUUUCAUGAUCUCUUACCAAUCUUACUUCCAAGAACGAUGGUUUCCUCUGUUGAGUCGGUGA